GUUGUCAGUUUUCGUCCGUGCCACGCAGAGCAGCCGGCAAACACAGUGUUAUUCUCGUGAAAAGAUCUUAAAUUGAGUUCUAAAGCAGUUUUAGACUACAGAUAACGAUGGCUAAUUUAAAUUCUGUAUUGACCAAGUUCUAUAAUGAGUACACUGGCCACACAUCUAAGAAGUUGAAAAUAAUCGACGCCUAUUUGCUUUAUGUACUCCUCACGGGGAUCAUUCAGUUUGUCUACUGCUGUUUAGUUGGAACUUUUCCAUUUAAUUCUUUCUUGAGUGGUUUCAUAUCAACAGUGAGCUGCUUCGUGCUCGGAGUGUGUCUCAGACUUCAAGUCAAUCCUGAAAACAAAAAUCAGUUCUACAGCGUGAGCCCAGAGAGAGCUUUUGCAGACUUCAUUUUUGCCCAUGUUAUUCUGCAUCUGGUUGUUAUGAAUUUCAUUGGUUGAUACCGAGAUGUUUUGGUUUCCUUUGUAGGGAAAAUGGAAUACUUAAGGAUAUAACUACAGAGAUUAUUUGAUACUGGUGCUGAACUUCUCUGGACAUGCAGCCAUUCUGAGAAAAAAAUUUUCUAUAACUAAUUAAUUGCUUAGCACACCUCACAAAUGCGAUUUUUAUCAACACAUUUAGAUUUAUAGAGGCACAUGUGAUGCAUUGGCGCUUUGUGAUAUACCAUGUCAAAUAUAAAAGCAUUUUUUGACAGUUUGAUUUCUGUUAAUGUGCUCUGUCUGUGGAAUGUUUUGUAUGUGUAUGUAAAGCUUGAAAAUAUAUAUAUGAAUUAAUAAACAUACAUAAAUU